AUGGCCGCGGCCACCUCUAACCCCUACCUCCCCGGCAACGGCAUCCUGGCGGCCGGCUCCAUCGUCCACGCCGACUCGGGCGGCGGCGGCGGCGGCGGCGGCGGCGGCGGCGGCGGCGGCAUGCAGCCGGGCAGCGUGGCCGUCACCUCGGUGGCGGGCGGCUACCGCGGCGACCCGGCGGCCAAGAUGGUCCAGAGCGACUUCAUGCCGGGCGCCAUGGCCGCCAGCAACGGCGGCCAUAUGCUGAGCCAUGCCCACCAGUGGGUGACGGCCCUGCCCCACGCCGCCGCCGCCGCCGCCGCCGCCGCCGCCGCCGCCGCCGAAGCGGGCUCGCCCUGGUCCGGCAGCCCCGUGGGCAUGACGGGCAGCCCCCAGCAGCCGCCGCCGCCGCCCGACGUCAAGGGCGGCGGCGGGCGCGACGACCUGCACUCGGGCGCGGCGCUGCACCACCGGCCGCCCCACCUGGGCCCCCCGCACCAGGGGCACCCGGCGGCCUGGGGGGCGGCGGCGGCGGCGGCCGCCCACCUGCCCGCCAUGGCCGGCGGGCAGCAGCAGCAGCAGCAGUCGCUCCUCUACUCGCAGCCCGGGGGCUUCACGGUGAACGGCAUGCUGAGCCCCCCCCCCGGCGGGCAGAGCCUGGUGCACCCGGGGCUGGUGCGCGGCGAGACGCCGGAGCUGGGCGAGCACCCCGGGCACCACCACCACCACCACCACCACCACCAGCACCCCGGGCACCACCCGCCGCACCACGGCGGCGUCAACAGCCACGACCCGCACUCGGACGAGGACACGCCGACCUCCGACGACCUGGAGCAGUUCGCCAAGCAGUUCAAGCAGCGGCGGAUUAAGCUGGGCUUCACCCAGGCCGACGUGGGGCUGGCGCUGGGCACCCUCUACGGCAACGUCUUCUCGCAGACCACCAUCUGCCGCUUCGAGGCCCUGCAGCUCAGCUUCAAGAACAUGUGCAAGCUGAAGCCUUUGUUGAACAAGUGGCUGGAGGAAGCCGACUCCUCCACCGGCAGCCCCACCAGCAUCGACAAGAUCGCGGCGCAGGGCAGGAAGAGGAAGAAGCGGACCUCCAUCGAGGUGAGUGUCAAGGGGGCCUUGGAGAGCCACUUUCUGAAAUGCCCCAAGCCCUCCGCCCAGGAGAUUACGAACCUAGCGGACAGCCUGCAGCUGGAGAAGGAGGUGGUCAGGGUUUGGUUUUGCAAUCGGAGGCAGAAAGAGAAACGGAUGACCCCCCCGGGGAUCCAGCAGCAGACCCCCGACGAUGUCUACUCCCAGGUCGGCACCGUCAACUCCGACACGCCGCCCCCUCACCACGGACUGCAGACCAGCGUGCAGUGAGGGGCACCGCGGGCGGGCCGGGGCGGAGUGGAGGG